AGGCCGACCGGCAAUGGGCGCCAUUUUGAAACCCCGAGCCCUCCCGCGGCGGCAGCUCGCUGUGGCGGUUCGUUCCCGCCCGCUCCCGGACGGCGCCUCCCCCGCCGCCACCGCGCGACAUGGCAGGGGUGGCAGGAGGCGGCGGUAACGGCAACGACUUCCAGUGGUGCUUCUCGCAGGUGAAGGGAGCCGUGGACGAGGACGUGGCGGAAGCUGAUAUUAUUUCAACAGUUGAAUUUAAUUACUCUGGUGAUCUUCUUGCAACAGGAGACAAAGGUGGCAGAGUGGUUAUAUUUCAAAGGGAACAAGAGAACAAAAGCCGUCCUCAUUCUAGGGGAGAAUAUAAUGUUUACAGUACCUUCCAGAGUCAUGAACCUGAGUUUGACUACUUGAAAAGUCUAGAAAUCGAGGAAAAAAUUAAUAAAAUUAGGUGGUUACCACAACAGAAUGCUGCUCAUUUCCUGCUGUCUACGAAUGAUAAAACUAUUAAAUUAUGGAAAAUAAGUGAAAGGGAUAAAAGAGCCGAAGGUUAUAAUUUAAAAGAUGAAGAUGGAAGACUUAGGGAUCCUUUCAAAAUCACAGCACUACGGGUGCCAAUACUGAAACCCAUGGACCUAAUGGUAGAAGCAAGUCCCAGAAGGAUAUUUGCAAAUGCACAUACUUACCAUAUAAACUCUAUUUCAGUAAAUAGUGAUCAUGAAACGUACCUUUCAGCAGAUGACCUAAGAAUUAACCUAUGGCAUUUAGAAAUCACAGAUAGAAGUUUUAAUAUUGUAGAUAUUAAGCCUGCCAACAUGGAGGAGCUGACUGAAGUGAUCACGGCUGCAGAGUUCCACCCCCACCACUGCCACGUGUUUGUGUACAGCAGCAGCAAAGGCACCAUUCGGCUCUGUGACAUGCGCUCCUCAGCCCUCUGCGACAGGCAUUCCAAAUUUUUUGAAGAACCUGAAGAUCCUAGCAGCAGAUCAUUUUUUUCAGAAAUAAUAUCAUCAAUAUCUGAUGUAAAAUUCAGCCACAGCGGGCGCUACAUGAUGACAAGAGACUACCUGUCUGUCAAAGUCUGGGAUCUCAAUAUGGAGAACAGGCCUGUAGAGACAUAUCAAGUUCAUGAGUACCUUCGAAGCAAGCUUUGUUCCCUGUAUGAAAAUGACUGCAUCUUUGACAAAUUUGAGUGCUGCUGGAACGGUUCUGAUGGCGCUAUCAUGACCGGGUCGUACAACAACUUCUUCAGGAUGUUUGACCGCAGCACGCGGCGGGACGUCACCUUGGAGGCGUCCAGGGAGAGCAGCAAGCCUCGUGCCAUCCUAAAGCCACGCAAAGUGUGUACGGGUGGUAAAAGGAAGAAAGAUGAAAUCAAUGUUGACAGUCUGGACUUCAACAAGAAGAUUCUUCAUACAGCAUGGCACCCCAUGGAGAACAUCAUUGCUGUAGCUGCCACCAAUAAUUUGUAUAUAUUCCAGGACAAAAUUAACUAAAGGUGACUGACCUGAGGACAGAGUUGUCUUCUUGCAUAGUUAAGCUCAGUUGUUUAUCUGUAAAAGAGAAGGCCUUGUUGUCCUACCAGUGAAGAACAUUGAUGCACUUACUUCCCUUUAGGUAAAGGAGAGGAUCUGGCCUGGUUUUUGCUUUCACGGUGCGGUUCUGCCUUCGCCGAGGGUAGGGAGCGUCAGUUGCAGUUUUCUGAGGGAAACCCUCUGGAGGCAGAGCUGAUGGACAGCGCUCAAUCGGGCCAAUACAAAACAAAUGUAUUUAUUGAAGUCUGAGCCUUCCUUUCCAGUUUAUAGACCAAAAAUUUAACACCCGAGAAGAAAACAAAAAAAGUCAUAGAAACGUAAUUUCUAUCUUCUGCGCUCUUUCUCUGCUGUAAUAUUUGGGCCUUUCAAGACAUAUAUUGUGCUUAAUGCCUGUAAACAUUCCUCCUCUGGCCUGUAUCUAGGCUUAGGUGUUUUUACCUUGGAGCACUUAGGUAGGUCUUGAGUUGGGUUGCUAGACAGGUUUCCAUGGGUAUUUACUCACCAGUUGUAUCUAUUGCCACACCUUCUGGUGUAAACCACUUAAUAAAAUAACAAACUAAAACAAGUGUUUUUAAAUCUGAAGGUAUGUAUUCAGUCUUUUUUAUUUUUUUUUUUAUUGCAUGUACUGAGAUUGUCAGGUCUGCCCAUCAGGAUGGCUUUUUCACGACGUUUGUCCCAACACACUGAUUUCUAGCAGACUAAUACAAACUUUUUUGUGUAGUAUUUUGAAUUCUAGAUUUCGAGUUUCCUUGGAAGUGUCAUUUAGUUUAAGUUGCACUGGUUUUCUUGUAAAACAGCUUUUGUAUGCAGAGUAGGAGAUGGAAGAGGUCAGCGUAAAGAAGUCUGCAGCCUUAAUAGAAAGUGACCACCUUGCACAAAAGGGAAAACAAAUUUUCUUCUUUGAAGAUAAAAAAAUAAAAUCUAAGUUUAUCUGAUGCCUCUCAAUGUUAGGUAGAGACAUACCUUAUGUGCAUUAUGUUUUUUAACCUUUUUAGUACUUGUCAUGAAGAUACACUUUAUUUUAAAUGUUUGGCAUAAUAUCUUGUAUUUCACAUUGCAGUCAAAACCAGCAAUAAAAAGUUUCUUGAUUAUGCCAAGCAGCAACACAGCUUAAUACAUUUUAGUACGUUCUGACAUCGGGCUGUCAGAAAAUACUGAGGCUGCUAGCUGGUGUUACUAUGUUAUAACUGUUCUUGCUAGUUGUUUUGGUUUUGGUUUUUAAAGCCUUAGGUACUUUUUUUUGUUCCAAAGGGGCCUAAAAUGCAUCAACCUCUUCUUCACCCUGAGCUAAUGUGGGUGAGAGAUUGCUCCUGAAGCUGGUCAGCACAUCUGGUAGUGCCAGGCGGCUGGGCGUCGCGCUCUGGGAAAGGUGCCUGCAAGUUAAAUGUUCUCAGAGAUCCCUUCAGCUUCCCAGAGCAAACACAAGAAGUGUGGUUUACACUCCACUUGUAUUGGAAUGAAGGUGUGUUAUGAUUACUAAAUCAGAUCCGCGUAUGCAAACGUGAGAGUGUCUGUUCUUACCCUCAAUUAUUGUCCAUAGAGUGCCACUCUUGUUCACGGUAAGCUAGUAAGUACGGCUAACUUUGAGGUUCUGCAAAUAAAGUUUAAAUUAAAAAAGAAAAAAAAAAGAAAAAAAAAAAAAAGAAAAAACCUUCUACUGUAUAUUGGUUGUGACACUAUUUGCAAAUCUUGAACUAUGGAACUGCUGGGUCAUGAAAGGGUUCAAUUUGACCUUGUUCCUGAAAUGCAUAAUAGAGCUAAUACAAUGGGAUUGUACAUACUUGUUCAAUUAUUUUGACCAAAAAGUUUAAUAAAUUUUAAAUGUUUACCUGGA